AUGGCAUUGCCAUUGAUUUUAAUUUCCAUGAUGUUGGCAACAUUUUUGUCAACUGUCACAUCAUCAUCCUAUCGAAUCAUAUCAGCCACGGCCUGGUUAACAUCAGAGGAUAUUUAUCCGGAUUUUUCUGCCUCUCUUAACAACCAGCAAUUUCCAACAAUAUUCCAAUAUAAUUACCAGAAAUAUUCAACUCUGCUUCACUGUACAAGCUCAAAUUGCAGCGACAUUGAAAUGAUACAAAUGCCAGGACUCAACAAGGCUCAACUAGCCUAUGGCGGUGUACUUCCUCGUCGAAUUGUACAGUAUUCUCCGUUGAUCGAAGGAGCAACUUUAUUUUUGAGUACUGGAUAUGCUCGGCCAAAUCGUGAUACAGAACUUGUUGUUUGUGCCCCAACUGAUCGACAAUGUUCAAAUCCCACUGUGAUGAACACAGUUAAUUGUCCGGGAUUUGGUCAACUUGGCUUACGAUUAACGUUUACUCAAAAGCAAAGUAACCCAAUUAUGUUAAUACCGGAAGCUCGUUAUGCAUCUGUUGAUAAUCGUGUAACCGGUUUUAUGAUACAAUCUUGUAAAGAUCCACUGUGCACACUAGGUUUUGAGUCGACUAAUCGACUACCGUUUAAUCUAACUGGUCAGGCAUGGUGUAUGGCAGCCAGUAUUGAUACACAAUUAAAUUAUUUGGGCUAUCCAUCAUGGUUAACACAAUGUUGUUCGGAAAUGAAUCUGAUCAAUUGCCUUACCGAUACAUGCAACGAAACGACUACUGUACAAUUUCGUAUUAAUCCCGAUUUAAUUUAUUUUGUUUAUAUGGCUGUUGAUUUACAGUCAAGAUUUUUCAUCGUUACAACUGGAAAUACUAGCCAAACAGAUAUAACUUAUAUUCGUUGUUUAGAUCCAACCUGUUCGCAAUCCAACCAAAACCAACUAGUUGUACCUCAACUACAUUCAGCAUCUGUUAUAAAUAAAGGAAAGAUUGUGGGUACACGAGUACAGAUUGUCAUUGAUCCCAAAACGGGUUUACCUAUACUUCAUUAUACAGGACUAUUAUACCCCGCAAACAUAUAUACAUACUUAUUUAUUGUUUGUCAAGAUGUUGAUUGUGAUAUGGAAAAUGCUAUAAUUAUUGAUUAUGGAACGAAGAUGGGUCUUCAGAGAGUUGCAGCACACGAUUUGUUUAUUGAUGAUCAACAAAUUGUAACAAUAGCAAUGAGAGUUCAAUAUCAAAAUUCAACAGUGAUGGCAUUCGUAAGAAUGGCUAAAUCAGAUCAGCCAGAAAUAGAGAAGUUAACAUUGGUCGAACCAAAAGCAACAGAAACUAGUUUUUGA